GUAUUCACAGCAUUUGGAAGUUUGUUGAUAUAAAUUUUACUUUUCACUAUUUAUCAGUAUUUUAUAUACUUUAAGUACAUUAUAUUGUUAUAAUUUUUUUUAUAAUUUUCUCAACUUCUUAGAUUAAAUAAUAUGUGUGAAAUUUUGAAAUAAAACUAUUUAAUUAAGAUUCAACUACAAAUAAAUAACAAUGACAAGUAAUAUAAUACCUUUAUAUAAGUUUAAACCUUUCCAUUUUACUGUUUUAAAAAAGAAUCAUGAUCCAUUACUUCGACCAUUAGCAAGAAGUGGACACCGUGUUGUUUGUAAUGAUGCUUAUUUAUUUUCAUAUGGAGGAUUCAACCCACAAACAAAUGAUACUACAGGUGUCAGAUUGUCAUCAGCUAUGCGAGAACUUUGGAAGUAUUGCUUUGAUUUAGGUGAAUGGAAGAGAAUUACUUGUAAAAAUGUACCUCAAGAAUUAGCUUCAAGUUCAGUUACAUUAUCUGGCAAUAUAAUUAUAAUAUAUGGUGGUACAGGAGUUCCUUUUGGAGCAUUUUGCAGUAAUCGAAUGUAUUUAGGCAAUUUAGCAAAUGAGUAUAGAGAAAUUGGAAUGGAAUUUGAGGAAUUGCAAGUAUCUGGUGAAAUUCCAAUGCCACUAUAUGGACAAGGAGUAGUUAUGGAUGGAAAAUAUAUUUAUUCAAUUGGUGGUACAUCUGGUUAUGAAUAUGAAAUGGAUGUUCAUCGUUUGGAUCUUAGUACUAGAAAAUGGGAAUUACUUCACAAAUCACGUGGAGAAGUACAUGAACCUGAACCUAGAUACCGACAUGAAGUUGUUUUCUACAAAGGUCGAAUAUAUAUAUUUGGUGGUGGACGUGGUGGAUCUUUAAAUGUUUAUUAUGGAUUUUCGAAAAUACAUGUAUUUGAUGUUGCUUCAAAAGAUUGGGAAUUCCUUCCUGCCAAACAUGAUGUAAGAGUUCCAAGGCCAGGCUUUCCAGAUAAUCGGAGCUGUCAUAGUUGUGUUCAAUGUCCAGAUCAAAAGAAUUUAGUAUAUAUUUGUGGUGGAUUUGAUGGUUUUCGAUCUUUUAGAGAUGUAUGGCGAUUCAACCUAGAUACUCUGCAGUGGGAAAAGUUAACCAGGUGUACUAUGCCUAAACCAGUAUACUUCCAUUCUACAGCUGUUACACCUUCUGGUCGUAUGUGUUGUUAUGGAGGUAUUGUAUCUGACCAAGCAGAUGGUAGUGGCGGUAGAUCAAAUGAUAUCACUAGCGCUUGGAUAACUAUACCUAAGUUAAGGGUUAUAUGUUGGGAAGCCAUGUUAUUUUAUUUUAAAGAUCAGAUGUUUAAAACUAGUGACGAAGAUUUAAAAAAAGUUGGUUUACCACAAGAAUUUUAUGAAAGAAUAAUCGAUGGUCGAAGAAAUAAUGACAAAAUCAAUAAUAAAUAACUAGGCAUGUAAUUUAAAAAAUAUAUAUUGUUAUAUGUAAAUAAUAUUUAGUUUUUAUUUUAUAAAAAUAAUAAUUGCUGUGACAAAUUAAUGUCAGUUUGUUUGGUCAAAAUAUACAAAAUUAUCUUAAUCAUCAGCA